CACCACACAACACGAUGGGACGCGAAGUGCUGUUGGUGAAGAAGUUGACUGCGCAUGCCAUCGUACCGUCGCGAGGAUCACACUUUGCUGCGGGAUUCGAUCUAUCCAGUGCCUACGAAUGCAUCAUUCCUGCGCACGGGAAGGCAUUGGUAAAGACCGACAUCGCCAUUGCGAUCCCAUCAGGAACGUAUGCUCGCGUGGCGCCGCGGUCGGGGUUGUCGUGGAAAAACCAUUUGGACGUUGGCGCCGGUGUGAUUGACGAGGAUUACCGUGGGAAUGUCGGCGUUGUCUUGUUCAAUCACGCGAACGAAGACUUCCAUGUGAAAGCGGGCGAUCGAAUUGCGCAAUUGAUCCUCGAACGAAUCGUGGCACAUGCAGCUGUCGAAGAAGUUGAAGAACUAAGCGAAAGUGAGCGCGGGGAAGGGGGGUUUGGCUCGACUGGCGUUGCCAAGAAAUUCAAAUACGACGACGAAAGCGACAAAUCUGGAUUUAAGGUUGAUGACGACAGCACCACGCCAUCGUCGACCACACCACAAGAUUCGGCGUCCAUCGUCGCGGCCCUUGCCGCGGUGGAGGAAUUGCUCGAUGAAGCUCAACGCAAGAAGGUCAAGGCCAUCAUUGUGCAGGCUGACGCGCGGAAAUUCGACAUCCUUCAUAAGGCCAGCGCACAGUAUUUGACGUCAGGCAACAAAGCCAGCUUCCUCGAGUGGCUCCAUGCGUUGCUGUAAUGCUAUCAAUUCAAUUGUCUAUUCUUUACACCC